UCACCUAGCCAUCCGCUGACCGAUCGCGAAUACCACGCGCUAGCUGACAGUGUCAUGGAAUAUCUGGAGCACACGUUAGAAGAGAUAGGAGAGGAGGCCAACAUCACGGGGUUUGAUGUUGUGGUAGCGGCUGGGGUUCUAAAUCUGUCGCUGGGCGACAUGGGGACAUAUGUUAUCAACAAGCAACCGCCAAAUAAGCAGAUAUGGCUGUCCUCACCGAUAAGUGGCCCCAAGCGGUUUGACUAUGUCCCAGCAACAAAGCAUUGGACAUACUUACGGACGGGGGAACGUCUUGCUGACUUACUCUCAGCGGAGCUCUCAGCCCAUCUGAAGCAGGAGGUUAAGCUAUCGGAGGACUUAUAA